CCCACCCCCGAGCGUCACGACCACAACAAUGUGAAGCACACACCUCAUACAUUUUCCCGACGCACCGACAAGUGUGCUGGUAAAAUCGAACAGCGUCGCGAUACCGCGUUGAAGAAUCGUCGAAGCCUCUUGGGCAAGCGCGAUUCCAGUGUUUCUUCAUCGAGCCGGUACAUGUACGGAGGUCUACAGAACAAGACCUGCCUGCUGGCCCCAAAUACUAUCUUCGGUCCCUACGAUGUGGAUGGAGAACUUCAUCGCCAUGACGUGCGAGAGGGUCAAGAUGGUGUUAACCUGUACCUUGAUCUCGGUCUGAUUGAUGUCGAGACUUGUGAGCCUCUCCCGGAUGCUUGGCUUACCAUUUGGGCUUGCAAUGCCACUGGUACUUACUCUGGAUAUACCGGAAUCAACCCGGAUACCGUGUCUGUUCUUGAUGGAUGGAGUACCAGGGAGGAUGGAACCACUGAUGACGAAACAUUCUUGCGAGGAAUCUCCAAAACCAACGAGGCCGGAAUUGCUGAGUUCCUCACUAUCUUCCCCGGCUACUACGAUAGCCGAACUACCCACAUUCAUGUGACUGUGCAGUCCAAUGUGACCGGUGAUGACACUAGCUAUUCCGAUGCCGCUAUUCAGCACAUUGGUCAGCUCUUCUUUCCCGAAGAGUUGAUCAACUCUGUGUACAAGCUGGCUCCCUACCACGCCCAUUUGUCUACUUUGAACAGAACUCUGAACUCUGAAGACUCGGUGUACAAAGUCGCCAUGACCGACGGAUACUCUGCCAUGAUUUCCACGGAGCUUCUAGGUGAGACUCUUGCCGACGGUUUGAUUGGAUACAUCACCAUUGGUGUCAACAAGAGUGCUGCCGCUAUUGCUACCACUGGCACUCAAGUCAAUGUCCAGGGAUAUCUUCCCACCGUCUCAUUGACCAGUGGUGCCCAGGCUGCCGCGAACACCAAUGAUCUUGCUCAAGGAUACCGUACGAAUGGAAUGAAGAAGGUGUAA